UUUUGUUCUUAAGUUCAUUAGCGACAAAGUUACAGUAGCCGACCCAGGAACGAAGAAGAGUCAUCAUCAGGAAGUCCACACAAAUUUCAGACUUCACUGACAAGGAACUUCCGAUAUCGCCCGUCUUGUACACUCGUUCACCUGGUGUAACCAAAAGACCUAUCGACAUCUCUCAGUCGUCACUCAUCCCAUUGGCCCAGAACAGAACAUCACUUCGGACCAAACACCACAUUACUUCGGCACACAGACACAAUGACCGUCGACGCCGUAAACCCCCAACAAAUAACAGUCGGCGUCCUAGCCCUCCAAGGCGGCGUGAUCGAGCACAUUUCCCUCCUCCAAAAGGCAGCUGCCCAACUAUCGUCACGAUCAUCGACACCAACACCACAAUUCAGCUUCAUCCAAGUCCGUACCGCCGCCCAACUCUCGCAAUGCGACGCUCUCAUUAUCCCGGGAGGAGAAAGCACAACCAUGGCUAUCGUGGCCAGACGCCUGGGAUUGCUUGAUCCGCUCCGGGAAUUCGUCAAAGUCCAACACAAACCAACAUGGGGCACCUGCGCCGGCCUAGUCAUGCUCGCCUCCGCUGCCUCAGCAACCAAACAAGGCGGACAAGAACUCAUCGGUGGGCUGGACGUCAAAGUCCUCAGAAACCGCUACGGCACACAGCUCCAGAGUUUUGUGGGAGAUUUGCGGUUGCCUUUUCUGGAAGAAGGGGAGCCCUUCAGGGGAGUGUUUAUCCGCGCACCGGUUGUGGAGGAGAUUAUCACCACCGCUGGGGAUGAUGAGGUUACCAAGCUAAAGGGAAAACAGGUGGAGGUAAUGGGGACUUACCCAAAGCCACAAGGGACAGGAGAAGGCGAAGACAUUGUCGCCGUGCGGCAGGGGAACGUUUUCGGAACGAGUUUCCACCCCGAACUUACGGAUGAUGUCAGGAUACAUACUUGGUGGUUGAAGCAAGUUGUUGAGGGGCUGAAGUCAGGGGGAAGGGAUGUCCAGGCUCAGUCUUAAUAGGGUCGGACUUUCGACGUGGGUGAGCUGGGUGCAUAAGGUUGAAAUGACAUCCUAUCGCGACUUUGGAGGUCGCGGUUGGAAAGUUGAACUGCUCUGCAAUGGUUUGUGUAGAGCCGAAAGAAAACUACACCAGGAGGAUCUACAUCAUGAACUCGACAUGGCAGCGUUAAAUCCAGAACCCACAGUCAAUGAAGGGAAGACAGACCGCGGACUUGCCUGUUACACCGCUUCACAUGUCCGCGCACAUCAUCUUGACUACAGCAACACACCAUCUUUCGACCACUGACAGUUCACACAUUGAUGUAAAGUAAAUGCAGUUCUAAUAUUGCGACAUCCGGCUCUGAUAAGAUACAACACACA